ACGCGUCAACUCCCUUAUCUCGUUCAUUUUAUUUCGCUAAGUCGCGCUUUCACGGCACGCUUUUUUUUUCUUUCGCGCUCUUCCCGUAACUUUCGCUUUCGAUCGCUACCACCUUUCUAACUCCUACCUCUGUCUACUCGUUCAUCCAGUGUAUGUGUACAUACAUACGAUGAAACGGAAAGCGCGAUUUUAAAAAUAAAAAUAAGAGCAAUUUUUUGAACGGCGAUAUUCCGCGCGUUCGAAACGGAGACGCUCUUGUUGGUAAAUACGGUUUGCCGCGAGAGGGCUACGAGUCGCCGUUGUUGCUCGACACUCGACACAAGUGCCAUGCGUGUAAAGUGCACGAGUUUCAUCAUUGUUGCGAGUUGCGAGUUGCGAGUGGUUGCGAGGAAUCCCCAGUCACGACGAAUCACCAAAUAUGAUAUUCUGCGAAUCGAACGUUAAAGACGCCGGUAAAUUCAGCUGUAAACGCGUGUGCUUUUCGUGUUGAGUUUCCAGCGAAACGGUAGUAGCCGCGUCGAUGAAACGCGAUCGUAGAACGCGUUCGAAGAACACCGACGAACGCACGAGAAGUUGAACGAUUUUGUUAAAGGCUUUUGACGAAUCAUCGAAAAAUGCUUCAAACGUUACGCGAACGUUCGCAGAAACGCAAAAAAUUGCUCGCUCAGACGCUAGGCGUUUCGAGCGUGGACGAGCUGCGGCAAAUUCUAGGAACGGACGUGGACGACACGGCGCAGCGGAAAAGAGUGAAAUCGAUACCGGAGAAGCCGGAAAAUGCUGCGAAAGACUCGAAAAACGAGGCGGUUCCGACCGACGAGAUCGUUUACAAAGACUCUUCGACGUUCUUGAAGGGAACUCAGUCGUCGAAUCCGCAUAACGAUUACUGUCAACAUUUCAUCGACACGGGCCAACGACCGCAAAAUUUCAUCAGGGACGUGGGUUUGGCCGACAGGUUCGAGGAAUAUCCGAAACUAAGAGAACUGAUCAAGCUGAAAGAUGAUCUUAUAGCGGAAACCGCGACGCCACCCAUGUACUUGAAGACGGAUCUACUCGCGUAUAAUUUGAAAGAGCUAAAUUGCAAAUUCGACGUUAUAUUGAUAGAGCCUCCGUUGGAGGAAUAUCAGCGGACCUGCGGUGCUACGAACGUUCAGCUAUGGAAUUGGGAUCAGAUAAUGGAAUUAGAUAUCGGCGAAGUGGCAGCCAAUCGAAGCUUCGUGUUUCUCUGGUGCGGUAGCAGCGACGGAUUAGAUAUGGGACGUUUUUGCCUUCGCAAAUGGGGCUUCAGACGAUGCGAGGACAUUUGUUGGAUUCGAACGAACAUCAAUAACCCGGGACACAGCAAAAAUCUGGACAGUAAAGCGGUUCUUCAGAGAACGAAAGAACACUGUCUGAUGGGCAUCAAAGGAACCGUCCGACGAUCCACCGACGGCGAUUUCAUUCACGCGAACGUCGAUAUAGAUCUGAUCAUAUCGGAAGAGCCCGAGUACGGUUCCAUAGAGAAGCCCGUCGAGAUAUUUCACAUAAUAGAGCAUUUCUGUCUUGGCAGACGACGGUUGCACUUGUUCGGUCGCGACAGCACCAUUCGACCUGGCUGGCUCACCGUUGGCCCCGAAUUGACCAACACGAACUUUAACGCGGAUCUUUACACGAGCUACUUUGCCAACGGUCAAAUCACAACUGGAUGUACCGAACGCAUCGAGGCACUCAGGCCAAAAUCUCCGCCACCGAAGGGAAAAGUUGCCGGUCGGGGUAGAGGCGGUUUUAAUCGUGGACGAGGCAGAGGAAGGUAAACGGGGUUUUCGCAUUGGUAAAACGCACUAAGAGAAUAGAAUCCGAAUCCGAGGAAAAUAUUUGUUCCGUUACAAAUGUCAUCGUAGACGGAACUUGUUACCUCUGUAUUCUGCGAUAUUUACCUUUUUACAUAUUUUUUAAAGUAGCGCGCCAUCGAACGCUCGUUUUACAGCCAACUAAAGCUUCGAGAUUCGAUCGAGACGCGGCACAGUUUUCUUCUAAUUUGUAAAUAAAUUGCUGACGCUGACGCUGACGCUGACGCGCUUGUUGCCUAAAUGUUUUUCCAUUUUCUUUUGUUCUCUUAUUUCGAUACUUGUACGUAAAGAAAGGAAAGCGAUCGUGUUGCGUAAUCGUGUGACGAUAUUUAUAAGAAUUUACAAUUUAGCGUGUACAGAAUUGCGCGUGACUGACUGGCAGCGUCUCGUGUAUUCAUUUUUAUAUGCAAAUCGCGCAAUCAUCGUUCUUCGAAUGAAAUCAAAUAAACUAGUCGAAUCGGAGACACCCUAACGGUGUGUAUGCAACUCGGCCAUCAAAUAUUCUACGUUAAUCGAUUACCCCUUUUUCGCGUUAACGACAUUCGACAGUUCGAUGAAACAAUUUUCUACAAUACUUGGGUAAACUUUCGACUAAUUGCUAAAUAAUCAUUAUAUAAAAUAUCUUAAGUAUACGUAUUCUUAAAGAAGCAAGCGCAAUUAUUUCGAAACGUCUGAGAUCCGAUCGUGUUACUUUUGUACUUUGUGUUUCGAGAACGUGUACGCAUUUUUCUAUAAAUAUAUCUUAAAAUAAUUAA